ACAUUUUAUUCUCAAAGCCUAGUAUACUGCCUGGCACACAGUAGGUACUCAAUAAAAGUUUGCUGACUGAAUGAACAAAUAAGUGUCACAGUGCCAUGCCCAUGGUUAAAGCUGAGACCAUAGUUAGUGAUUAUAGUCAGAUCCCCAGACUUCUCCACACAGAGCUUGUCCUGAAUUUGAUUCUGAAUCAUUGGCAUGAAAGCAAGUUCACGAUUCAUCAAGAUCAAUUUCUUGAACCUACUAUUUUCUACAGAUGACAUUUAUUCAGCCAGAAGAUGCUGAAGGCAGAGUAAUUGUUCUUUUUUUCCAUGAAGCACAUGCUAUCUUGUUCAGUUCUCAAGGAGUAUUAUGAUAAACCACACCACUAUUGAAAACCUGUACAACUUCAUAAGAUUCUCAGAAGAAAUACAAGAUGUAAGUCAAAAAGAGUGAUUUUUUUCUCUUGCAGUAGCAUUUCCUGUUCAAAAAUUGCUAUUAAUUUAAAAAAACUGACGUCUCCAAGAGGACAUUCUAUUAGGUGAAAUCAUCUUCGUCAUAUUUCCAGCUGCAGUGUAUCUACCCCUUCUUAAAAGUGAAAAAAGAGAAAGUUACUUUGCUGUGUGCAAGUGCCUUAUGUGUUUUGUAAAAUCCACAAAAAAAUGUUCGGUGGUUUAAGGAGAGACAGCUGCAUUUAUCAGAGAAUUUAGUUCAAUGCUACCCUGGAAGAAGCUUGAAGAUGUGACUCUCAAUGGCCUUUGUGCUGAAGCUGAAAAUGAAAUCAUUAUCUUUGAACUCCCUCUGCUCACGUCAAUGACUACCCUCUGCAGUGGAUCCUCUGGUUAUAAGUACCCAUGAAUCUCCUUGCAGACUGUGGGCAGGGUAACUUACAAGGACCAGCCAAAGCCAAACCCCUGGUAAGCUUUGUUAGCAUUUUCUAUGUGUUUCAGCUUCCAUUCUACACCUUGAGGUAGAAGACAAUCUCUGCUCACACUGGUGUGGUAUGUGUGUGUCUGUCUCAGAAGUGUGUAUAAGGUGCAUUUCAGUUUAGGGUAUCUGAAGUAAUAUUUUAUUUGAAGACAGAUAUUGUACUUUCUUUGGAGACAAUAAAGUGUGCAUUUGUUUCAAAAAUGAUAAUCAUGCUCAGAUUUCUAGGUUAUAUUCAUAAUUGCUUUGCACAUCACUGUAGAGUGUUCUCAUCAUCAUGGACUACUUGGGGGACCUCACUUGCCAGUUAAUCUGGAGAAAUGAUGGUUGCAGAAAACAUGCUAAUUCUUACGGAUGUUAUUUCUACUUUCUUUCUUCACUGACUAUCUCUGAGUGAUCACCAACAUUCUCCCGACCCCUCCUUCAGUCAGCUUCAUUCCACCAUGUCCAAAGUGCCCCUUCUGCUCUUGUGUGUUGCCCUGGGGCUAAUUGGGCCCGUGUACGGAAACGCUCUGAGAAAUGAAGAUAAAUGGAAACCACUCAGCAACCCCAGAAACCGAGAUCUGUUUUUCAGAAGUCUCCAGGCAUAUUUUAAGGGCAGAGGUCUUGAUCUGGGAAGAUUUCCAAAUACAUUUUCCAUGAAUGAGAAUCCCAGACCUCUCUCUUUCCAAUCAGAUCUUAUCGCUUCUGCAUUUGCGGAUUAUGAAGAGCAGAAAAACUCCUUUCCUAGUUACCUCAAAGGCUGAAGUUUCUUCUGAGCUCAGGUAUCUGGCUGUUUUAAAACUGCAGAUGAAGCUUCUCAUUAGAAAAAUUCAACCACGGUCUUUCCUACACGUUUGUUAUUUUUCCCCUCCAUUUUGUAUCAAUUUGUAAUGAUUUUGUUCCACAUUUCCAAAUGUACAUAUAAAUAGGUGGACCUUUGGGACAUAGUAACUUGUGUAUAUGUUUUCGGAGUGUUUUGUCCUUCCUUAAGUAAAUAUUAACAUAGAACAUUGAAUGUAUUUGUAGAAGCUAAAAAAAAUGCCACAAAAUAAAAAGAGAUGAUAAUCUUUUCAGGUAGAUGUUUCCUUUAGGCUUUUAAAACUUGUCAUUUACAUUUAUUACCUUUUAUCCAUCAAUAUUUUAUUUGAAAGGGACCUUGCUUAUUUUCAUCAUGAUUUAUUAUAUAUAGGAGGAGUCUGGAUUUAAAAGUUAGCUUUUUUAUUCCCUAAAAAGAAUCAAGUUUCAGCAUGUUAUUUAAAGUUCCACAGUGUUAAUUUCAUGCCAAAUGAGAAUAAGUGACAGAUAGUCACAAAGAAGUUUGAAAUGAAAAGCAAAGAAACAUGAGAUUCUAGAAGUUGUCAAAGUCUCUGGGAGAUGUUUGCUGCCAAUACAUUCAGAGGAGCACAUAGUACUGCACCAAAUAUCCUUGCUAAGCCCACCCCUCCCUCUGCAGCAUAUAACCUCUUCAAGAAUGGAGGAUAGAUAAAGGUGAAUCUCCCUUCUUUUCCAACCAUCCCUCUCUCCUUGCUUCCACUCAUGCUGAAUUAGUCUCAUCCCCAGAUUCUCAAUUGGGAUAGCUAUAUUUCCUGUAUCUUUGCAUCAUUCUUUCUAUGAUUCCUGCAGAAGGAAUGUUGUACUCUUUGAAGGUAAAUAUAAGUGUCCUUGUAACACUGGUCUACACGUUCUAAAAUAGUGUACCAUGGUUCUUUUCAUGGAUGAUUGAUAGAAGAAUGAAAUAUUUGUGCAAGAACAGAUUGUGUCUGGUUUAAUAUAUUCUGUCGUAAUGAGUUUUAUUUGUGUUUGUUUUCCAUGGAGUGUCAUGAGACCUUUGUAGGCAGAGAUCAUAUCGAAUCCACCUUUUUUUUUCCCCAGCACCUAGCACAAU